AUGGAAGCUGAAAACGGAGUUGAGUUUCUUUGCAACAAAACUCUUUUAGUCACUGGCGCCACUGGCUUCCUAGCAAAAGGUGAUGACCUUAGCCUCAUCUAUAUUAUAGCCAAGGAAUUGUUUCAAGUGCUAAGAGAAGUACAUGGAGCCAAGUUCGAUUCAUUCAUAUCUAAAAAAGUUGCACCAAUUGACGGGGAUACAUCAUUGAUCAAUUUGGGAUUAAAUGACGACAAUGAAAUAUACAAGGAAAUUGACGUUAUCAUUCAUUCGGCUGCGGUGACUAAGUUCCAAGAGAGGUAUAAUCUGUCACUAGAAAUCAACACCCUUGGGGCUAAAAAUGUGUUGCAAUACGCAAAGACGUGCCCAAAGCUGCAGAUUCUUCUUCAUGUAUCAACUGCUUAUGUUUGCAGACAAAAGGCAGGGCUAAUACCUGAAACCCUGUGUAAGACAUUAAGUGACAUAGUUGGGUUAAACAUUGAAGUAGAAAAGAAGUUAGUUGAUAAUAAGUUGAAUGAUCUCGCGAGGAAGGGAGCUUCCACAAAGAAAAUCCGAGAUACGAUGAAAAGUUUAGGCCAAAAAAGGGCGAAUAUGUACGGAUGGGUUAAUACAUACGCGUUCACAAAAGCAAUGGGAGAAAUGCUUAUAUGGGAGCACAAAGAAGAUUUACCAAUUGUUAUUGUUCGCCCUACAAUGAUUGGUAGUACUUACAAAGAACCAUUUCCUUGUUGGAUCGAAAGUGUAGGAAGCAUAAGCAUGCUUUCAAUUGUAUAUGGCAAAGGACUAACUCAUUUUACACACGCUGAUAGUAACGCUAUCAUUGAUAUGAUUCCAGUUGAUAUGGUGGUAAAUUCAAUAAUCAUGGGAAUGGUGGCAAAUGCGAAUAAGCCAUGUUUAACAAUAUAUCAUGUGGGUUCAUCUAUGAGAAAUCCGUUAGCUCUACAUAAGUUGGUUGAAAACAAUUAUCGAUACUUUAACAAUAACCCAUGGAUUGAUGCUCAAGGAAUGCCUGUGAAUAUUAAGAAAGCCUUGUUGGUGAAAGGUCGACUCCAUUUUUCAAUGCUUUUGGUGCGGGACAUCCUUAAAUUAAUGGUGUUGAAAAUAGUGGAUGGAGCAUCAUGCCAUAAAUUCAAUGUUAAUCAAGAAAAACUUGAGUUUCAAAUAAAAGUGUCAGCGACAAUGGCGAUGGUAUUUAGGCACUAUUUGUUCUUUGUUGGCAUCUUUGAUGACGAGAAUACCGAGAAGCUAAGGAGAGCAAUGAGCAAAGAAGGAAUGGAUGGAAAAGUUUUAAACUUUGAUCCCAAUUGUAUUAAUUGGGAUGACUAUCUUCUUAACAAUCACAUUCCAGCAACAGUCAAAUACUUGUUUUGAUAUUUCAUUUCCUUAGCUUAUUACUCUCCCUUGUAUGUUUAGAUGAUGUUGUAUCAUUACUCAUUAGGGUAACAUGUAAUAUUAGUAUUAGUUUUCACAAUAUACAAAGUAAUGAAUUUGGUUAUUAUGAAUUAUAUAUGUAUAUGCGUGGCCAUCUUCAUUACACUCGUACAUAUGUAUUAUAUUAUAACUUUAUAAGCA